UGGCACCGGUCUUAUGGCAAAAUGUGGGGGACACCAGGCGCUGGGGUGCGGAGCAUCCGUCCCUACCGGUCCAGCGAGCAGUACCUCUACGCCAUGAAGGAGGACUUGGCCGAGUGGUUGAAGGAGCUGUACGACCUGGACAUCGAGGUGGGCACCUUCUUGGAGGUGCUGGAGACGGGGGCCGUGCUCUGUUCCCACGCCAACAAUGUCACCCACGUGGCCGAGGAGUUUGCCCGUGCCUGUCCCGGGGUGGCCCACCACCUCCACCUGCCCACCACCGGUGUCACCUGCAACCCCGCGGCACAACCGGGCACCUUCCAGGCCAGGGACAAUGUCUCCAACUUCAUCCAGUGGUGCAGGAAGGAGAUGGGUAUUAAAGACGUCCUAAUGUUCGAGACAGAGGACCUGGUGCUGAGGAAGAACGAGAAGAACUUCGUGCUGUGCCUGCUGGAGCUGGCACGCCGCGCUGCCCGUUUCGGCAUGAGCGCCCCGACCCUCGUGCAGAUGGAGGAGGAGAUCGAGGAGGAGCUCCGCCAGGAGCUGGACCUGCCUCCCGCAGACAGCCCCCUGCCCCAGCACCCCAGGAAACCACGGGACCUCCACAACCUUGACCAGAUGGUCCAGCACCUGGUCAGCCGCUGUACCUGCCCCGUCCAGUUCCCAAUGAUCAAGAUAUCCGAAGGGAAAUACCGUGUGGGUGACUCCGACACCCUCAUCUUUGUCCGUAUCCUGCGGGAGCACGUCAUGGUGCGGGUCGGGGGCGGCUGGGACACGCUGGAGCACUACCUGGACAAGCACGACCCGUGUCGCUGCACCUCGCUCUCUCACAAACAAGCCUUGAAAACCAGGAGCCCCCAGCAGCAAGUGCAGCACGAGGUCCGGCUCUGCCCAGCCUCCAAGGCAGCCACCCGUGGCCAGCCCCAGCCCGCGCUGCUGGUCAGCCGCUCGCAGAGCCCCCUGCCCCCCGUCACCUGGGGGUCCCGUGUCCCCCGGUCCCCUGCCACCCCCUUGCCAGAGGGCUCAGGUCGCCCACCAGGUACCAGCCCUCACCAGGAGCCCCGGAGGCCACGGGCCACCCCUUCAGGGAUGAGGCCACCACCAUCCAGGUCACCUGCUCGACCCAGCUCCCCUGGCCGCACUUGUGGGGUGACAUGCCGGGCACCCACCCCUUCCCGGCUGGCCCCCGGCACAGGGGACAGCGUGGGGGUCCCCAAGGCACUGCGUGUGAGCACCCCAGGGAAAACCCCCACGGCACCGGCACGGGGCAGGCCCACGGCACCUGGCACCGGGGUGGCAUCAGCACCUCCAAAAAACACCCAGCAAGGAAGCAAACCAUCCGUGGCAGCUGCCAGGGGGCAGGAAAAGGGGGUCCCCACCGUGAUGGCAUCCCGUGCCCCCAGCCUCAGCAAGGUCUGUGCCCCCUGCCCACACCGGGACACCCGGGGAGACUCACAGAGCAGGAAAAGCUCACGGGAAGGGAGCCAGGGAGCCCUUGGCCGAGGUCAACCACUGUCACCCCAAAAUUCCUCCAGCCAGACUCCGAAACAGGACAGCAGUGUUAAACCCCCCACCAAAACCAGCCCGGCUGUCUGCCGGCCCCCCACCCCUUCGGCUCACUUUGCAAAUGGAUGCAAGAGCUGUGCUGCUGGGAGGGGUCCCCAGGUGACCCAGCGGUGCCACCGGGCUACUAGCCCACGGGCUAGGGAUGCUGAGGGGCCCGGGGUGCCAGGGGAUGAGGCGGGGGAAGCCUGUGACCCCGGUGGGGGGAGGGAGGGUCUGCGGGAGUGCUGGGAGCACACACAGCCCCCCGGCUAUGACAAGGUGGUGGAGGAGCUCUCCCGUGGGGGGCACCCCCUGCGCCCCGUGGGGCUGGGGAGCUGGGUCCCCAAAACACCCCCACGAGCCACUCCACAGCCCACCGCCCUCCCAGCCGGGGGGGAGGCUGAAGGGCUGGGAGUUGGGGGCCAGACCCCUCAGGGACCCAGGGCCAGCAACGUCCCCAAGCCCCGGCGGUGCCUGAAGAAGCCCGAACGCGUGCCUUCCAUCUACAAGCUGAAGCUGCGGCCCAAGGUGCGUCCCCGGCGGGACCACCGGCCCGGCAAGCGCCCCUCACGUAUCCCCACCCCGCUGGGGCACCGCCUGUUUGCCCCCCGGGGCCAGCAUCGCCCCCCAGCACCCCCCCGGCAGCCCCAGCCUGGUGGCACGCACCCGGGCACCAAGCCCUCCCCAGCCAACAGCGGCGCCUGGCUGACCGAGGAUGAUGAGGAGGAGGCAUGGGUCUGA